ACGUGCAACAUGUUAUCUGAUACAGAAAAUUAUAAAUUUGUUGCAAAGUUAGGGAACCUUAAGACUAUAGUACAGUUACUAAAAGCAAUUAAUUUUAAGGAGAGUGCAACAUGUUUUGGUACCGAAAAUGGUUUGAAAGUAACGGUGGAGGAUUCAAAGUGUAUGCAGGCUAGCGCAUACAUUCCAUCUUAUGUAUUUCAAGAAUUUACCUUAAAGGACGACGUUAUUUUUCAAAUAAGCUUAAAUAUAUUGGUCGAAUGUCUUUGCAUGUUUUGGAGCAAUAUCAAUACUCAAGGGAAUUCAGUGGCCCUUCAACUUUUUUAUAAAGGAACUGGACAUCCAGUAACGGUUCUUAUAGAAGAAGAUGGUAUUAUAACAGACUGUUCUUUAAAAACUCAAGAUCCUGAUGAACUGUUGAACUUUCAUCUAGAACCAGAAAAUGUUUUAAAUAAAGUAGUUUUACAAACUGAACUGUUGAAAGAUAUAUUAUCAGAGCUCGAUCAAACCAGUGAUUUAAUAGAGCUUCUUCUAUCACCCUCUGCGCCAUAUUUUCGGAUCAGUACAGCUGGCUUGGCUGGGAUUUGUCGCAUCGAGUUACCACAUGGCGGUGAUUUAGUAGAUAAUUUCGAGUGCACCUCGACAGCAACAACCAGUUACAAAUUGUCGCAUAUCAAACCGGCUAUGAAAGCAUUGGUAUAUGCUAAUAAAGUUUCGUUGAGAACAAACACAUGCGGACUGUUAUGUUUCCAGCAUAUGGUUAAAACGGACGACGGUCAUACAUGUUACAUAGAGUAUUACGUAAGAGUUUCAUAUCUUUUCGCAUUUCGCUCAAAGACAAUCAGCAGUUAAUAAAACAGUGUACAAAUGUCAAAAAAUACUUUCUUUCAGAUCUCACCGGUGAUAGACUCGAACGAGUAGUAAUUGUACUUUCUAGGUUACUACGGAUUAUUACGGGAUUUUGUUCAUAGUAACGGGAUAAAAAAAAAUGAUUGAAUAUUUCAUACAAAUUAUUUCUCAUUCAUCUUUUCGCAAUGCUAAUUGUAAGUAUAUAAAAAAAUAUCUUUGUACAAAAGAACUGGUAGUCACGUCAAUCUCUCUUUAUUUAUAAAGAAUCCGUUUGUGCAAAAAGCAAAUCAUUGAAUUACAUUUAAACAAGCGUAAAAAAUAUAUAAACUGUUGGAUCUCUCGA